CUCUGUUGAUUGUGGUGGUAAUUUCCAUCGCUCUAACAUACGCCUUAAAAUUGCAAUGCGAUGAUGAUGAAAACGAGCACACAUCUCAAACAAAUAACCCCUUAUCGUUCCUCCUGUUCUCUGAUAUCCACCUUGAUCCAUGGUACAAAGCUAUGGCUGGAGACAAGUACUGUAGGAAUACGAGUAUACAAAGCGCUUACAAUGCUUCGUAUGGAAGACCGGGUUGUGAUUCACCUUUGAAGUUACUUAAUGAAGUAUUGAAUGGCAUGAAGAGUGUUCGAGCCAAAAAUUUAACAAAAAUGGACUUUGUUAUGCUAUCAGGUAGGUGUCUUAACAUUCAAAUGGACGGCAAUUUUUGCAAAUAUGUUGCUUCAGGUGACACGUGUGCUCAUGGAAUCACAACAAACAGGAGAGAAAACGCGCUUGGGAUUAUGAAUAUAACAUCACAAGCAGUCAAAUUAGCAUUCCCGGACAUUCCUUAUUUUCCAAGUAUUGGUAACAAUGAUCUUCCAGGACAUUAUGUAAUGCCUACUGAAAAUGAUACGUGGUAUUCUGAUCUCCUGAAAAUCUGGAAAGACGGCAUAUUGUGUACAAACUGUACAAGGUCGUAUCCAACGACGUCUUUGGAUGAACUGCAAAAGACAUUUUUAUAUGGAGGGUAUUACAAGGUGUCGAUUGCAGAUGGGAGCAUGACAUUACUUGUCCUGAACUCCAUGUAUUGGACUAAAAGUACCUGGAUUUCAGCUGAUUAUUUCCAGGAGAGAGCAAACAAACAAAUAGCAUGGUUAAAAGAACAGUUGGAAUUAGCGAAUUCGACGGGGAAAAAAGUUAUUAUCACGAGCCAUAUACCCCCUGGGAUUGAUACCUUCGCCGAAAAGACUCUGUGGUUAAGUAAUUUUACUGAAUUAUACAUGGAUCUCGUUGCAAAAAAGUUUAGUGAACUUGUGGCAGGUCAAAUCUAUGCCCAUUUCCACAAAGACAGUUUCCGUUUUCUCCAAGCAGACAAGAAAAACGAUUCAUUGUCAUCGUACAUUCUGCUGAUGCCGUCUGUAUCUGUUGUGUAUAAAAAUAAUCCUAAUUUCCGCAUCGUUCAUCUGGACCCAGACCGUCAAGCAAUCACUGAUUACGAACAAUUUUACAUGAAUCUUGUUAUUAUAACAGAAUUCAACAACCCGGUAUGGCAACUAGACUACAAAUUUUCAACACGAUAUCCACCAACUGGCGAUGAUGACAAAGUUAUCAAUGGCAAAAGAAUAAAGCAUCUUAGUGAUAAUCUUAUCAGCCAAACAAACGAUAGUUUCUUCAAUGGUUUUAUCAGUUCACGACAAGUUCGCUAUCAACCUGAUUCUUUUUCCCGAUUCAAAUAUUAUUGCGCGGUGAGAUAUUACAGUCAGAAAGAUUAUGAUGCGUGCAACACGAAGUAUCCAGUAAAGGGCGGAUAAUAGUGCCAUGUUUUUUGAAUUAGUUACUUUGAUUUAAUAAAUGCACCCUAGCUCUCAACAACUCUCAACAACUGAAUACAUUUUGUCGCUUUCGUAUUUAUAUCAUGCGUGCAUUCCUCCUAGCUAGCAACAUUAGGAAGUUGAUUUAUUUCACAGCCAACUCGAUAUAGACAAGGAUAAGCGAUAAGCCUAUCUGUUUGUAUAGCUCAUCUGCGAUGCAUGAAAAACUGAGAAAUAUCUCAUGCGAUAGAAAAGAUAACUUGUGAUGGAUAAAGUGUACUUCGACAGGCCGGAUUACCAUUCUUAUG